AUACCACUACCAGAGGUUUAGCGAUUAGCAACUCCCAAAGCAAAAGCAUGUUAGGCGCUGCUAUCACCGCCAACUCCGCCGCAUCAACUGUCGCUGCAACCGCCGCUCACUCCUCGACCUCUCGCUUAUUCUCUGCUGCUUUGCACCGAAGAGCCUCCUUUUCUUCUCGUUCUCAGAAGGCGUUAUCUCUGCGCCCGAGCUGUGGUCCAGUCAGAGCUAUGGCUGAAUUUCAAACUCUUUCCGAGACGAAGAAUCAGCUGCCGUCCUCUGCUUCUGCCAAAAAGCAAGCGCUGAUAUCAUUGUCGGACAAGAAGGACUUGGCUUUUCUUGGAAAUGGGCUUCAAGAAUUGGGAUACACGAUUGUAUCCACUGGAGGAACUGCCUCGGCUUUACAAAAUGCUGGGCUAUCUGUGACUAAAGUAGAGCAGCUUACUUGUUUUCCGGAAAUGCUUGAUGGUCGUGUAAAAACCUUGCACCCAAAUAUACAUGGGGGUAUUUUGGCUAGAAGAGACCAGAAGCAUCACGUGGAAGCUCUUAAUGAACAUGGAAUUGGUACAUUUGAUGUGGUUGUAGUGAACUUGUAUCCCUUUUAUGAUAAAGUUACCUCUGCUGGAGGAAUUGACUUUGAGGAUGGAAUUGAAAAUAUUGACAUUGGUGGCCCUGCAAUGAUUAGAGCUGCGGCAAAGGUAAUUCAGUAUUAUACAUGCCAAUCUUCCGCUAAUUUUUCAAAAAAUAAAUAUACUACGCACUUCUUGUCACAACUAAAACUCCCACUUUUCAAGAUAUAACUUGUCGUAUCAUGA